AUGGAAAUGUACAAUAAAGAAUUGGCUGAUAAUGCAGCUAUGCUUCGCGGUAAAAACGUACCUAUUGAACCUCCAUCAUUAGAACAAAAUCCUAAAGUAAAUCGAGUUCGCAAACUUCUAUUUUUUUUCAUUGGAAUUGAUCUAGUUUUUAGUUUGGUUAAUUUUCUUUUUGUUAUUCAUUCAUAUGCAGCUAGUGAAUCAUUAGAAAGUCAAUCACCAAAUAGUAGUGCUCAAUUAGCUUUAAUUAUUGCCUCUUUAAUUUACUAUGGUUUUGGAUUAUUAGUAACAUAUCGUUAUUACCAAACAGGUUUACUCAUUUUUUCGUUGCUUGGACUAGCAGUAUUUUUUUGGACGAGCACAGUUAUCGUAAUAGUUUUAAUUCGAAUCGUUCAUACGGCAAAUCAUAUAGGAUUUGUUGCUGCUGGAAUAAUCGUUGCUAUAAUAUUCGUUACGAUUUCUUUUCUAGGUUCAAUUUUACAAAUAUUCAUCAUUCUAUAUUCUUCUAAAUUAUAUACAUUACUUAAAAGAAAUAAACGUUUAACAAUCGAACAAAUUUAA